AUGGGGGCGCUGCCGGGGCUCCUGCUGCUGCUGCUGGGCGUGGCGGGGUGCCCCGGGGCCCGGGGGGCCCGGCCCGCGGAGCCGCGCGCCGCCUGGGUGACGGUGCCGCGGCAGCUGAGCCCCCGGGCCGGCGGCGACGCCCCGGCCCUUUCCUACUGGCUGAACGUGGCGGGGCGGCCGCGGGUGCUGCGCCUGCGGCCCAGGAAGGGCCUGGUCUCCCGCCCCUUCACCCUGGUCACCUACGACCGGGACGGGGCCCGCCGGGAGGAGCACCCCUUCGUGCGCGACAACUGCUUCUACCAGGGCGACGUGCUGGGCAGCCCCGGCUCCCUGGUGGCCCUCAGCACCUGCAGCAGGGGCCUCCAAGGCGUGCUCUGGGUGGAGGAGGAUACCUUCCAGAUCGAGCCCGUCCCCAACGAUCCGGCCUUUCGGCACGUUCUCUACCGCAUGGGGGAGGCCAACAGCCCCGAGGGACCCAGCUGCGGGCUGACGCCGGAGGUGCUGCAGCAACAAAAGGCCGUGCUGCCGUGGUUCAAGGCUCCCAAGGCAGAGGAGGAGAACGAAGGGCUGAAGGACUGGUGGACGCACAUCCGCUACGUGAAGAUAGUAGUGGUCGUGGACCACGUGCGGUUUGUGAAGUCAGGCAGGAGCAAAUCGGAAGUCUUGAAGCACGUCAUGCAAAUCAUCAAUGCUGGGGACAUUAUGUACAAACAGCUUUCUGUCCGGCUGUUUCUUAUAGGACUAGAGAUCUGGACCGAAAGUAACUUUAUAAAUAUUACUAACUCUAUUCCCCACGUACUUAGUGACUUUAACAGCUGGAGAAAGAAUAACCUGUACCCUCGUAUGUACCACGAUGUUGCUCACUUAUUUGCGUUUCAGUGGUUUGGAAGCCGCCUGGGAUUGGCAUUUAUAGGCACAGUGUGCGAUAGCCACUGGUCAUCGGCUGUUAUUUCCCUCACGGAGAGAAAGUUGUCAGGAGUUUUUGUCACGUUUGUCCACGAGCUGGGCCAUAAUCUUGGGAUGACCCACGAUAAACCGGAGUGUAAAUGCAGACGCAAGACAUGCAUUAUGUAUGAAAACAAUUCUGAAACUGAUGCGUUCAGUGAGUGCAGUUACAAGGAGUUCUUUGAGCUGCUUGUAAAUGGCGCUCCGUGCCUUCGUCAACCACCAGCACCCGGCACUUUCUUCACCGACAAACGUGAAUACUGUGGGAAUAAGAUAGUAGAAAGUGGAGAGCAGUGUGACUGUGGUUCAGCAGCAAACUGCAGAAGGGAUCCCUGUUGCCGUGCAAACUGUACAUUUACUGCAGGUUCAGUCUGUGCCUCUGGAAAAUGCUGCAAGAACUGUCAGGUCCUUCCAGCAGGAACACUCUGCAGAGCAAGUACUGGCAGCUGUGACCUGCCAGAGUAUUGCGAUGGGAUUUCCCCUCAGUGCCCGCUGGAUGUAUACCUACAAGAUGGAACCCCUUGCCAAGAGGGGAUCUACUGCUAUCGAGGAAAAUGUUCUUCCCACAUUGAACAGUGCCAGCAUCUCUUUGGCAAACAAGCCAGUGUUGCCCCUUUAGAUUGCUUCAAAGCAGUGAACACUCAAGGUGACCGGUUUGGGAAUUGUGGUAUUCGUGACAAUAUCCAUUUUACAAAAUGCAGUACUGAGAACGUCUUAUGUGGCAGGAUUCAGUGUGAAAACAUAGUCAAAAUACCUUUCUUGCAGAACCAUGUAACGCUAGUCCAAACUCCUGUUCAAGAUAAAAAUUGUUGGGGUCUGGAUUAUCACAUAGGGAUGCCGAGAGCAGAUGUGGGAGCUGUGGAAGAUGGCACACCUUGUGGUAGUGAUAUGCUUUGUAUCAACAGGACGUGUAUGAGUGUAUCAGUGCUGAACUACGACUGCAACCUGACCAAGUGUCAUGACAGAGGAAUGUGUAACAAUAGGAAGAACUGUCAUUGUGAGUAUGGCUGGGCUCCUCCAUAUUGUGAAUUCAGAGGAUUUGGAGGUAGCAUUGACAGUGGACCCCUUCCACCCAGGAACACUUUUCAGAGAGCAAAAGUAAGACUAGCACUAUUUGCUUUUUUUUCUAUGUGUAUUGUUGGAGUAGCCCUUUCCAUCCGUUAUAGACAAGAAAUAGAGGGACGGUUUACAAACAAAAAGGCCCGAUCCCGCAGAAUACCGCAGUUGUUUCAAAGACUGAAAAAAUGAGAAGUUCCUAAAGAAAAGUCAAAAUCCACCAAACAUCAAAAAGGAGUAGCUUUGGAUGCUCUUGAGGAAAUCUGCCUUUAGCAGAGCCAUCUGAUAACUCAUCAAAACAAUUCAACAGGUUCUGAACAGCUCUAAUCUCAUGUGAUAUCAUUAAAUGCAGAGUAAAUAUUAUCUGUUUAUUUUCUUUUAAGUUACUCAAUGCAGGCAGUAAGGCAUGGUGUUCUUUGUACCCUGAGCUCUUUAACUGACAUAAUUAACUAAACUGAAGGUAUUGUGUUCGUGCUUCACAUCUGCAGUUUAAUAAUGCAAACUUCUUAAAACUGGUCUAGAUAAAUUACUUGCUUCAAUUUCCUCCUUCACCUAGUAUUUUCUUCAAUUCAUUGAGAGAGAUGUUUGUGAACAUCUUCUGUCAUUCAUUAACAACCAAAGAGAAAAAAUUGCAUUUGCAGUCUCCACCGGGUUCCUCCCAGGCAAACCAUCCCGUGUCUCUGUGAUUUAAUUCACAUUGGUGACACACAAACAGGCAAAGAGCAGGAAUUGCAGGUGUCUGUUUCACUGGUGCUUCCAGCUGUUUGCAGGAAGCAGCCCUUCAGGAGGGAGGUACACUAUAGGGAACAGGCUCUUUCUUUUGUGAGAGUAGAGAAGGAUUAUCCGGAGCACAACCAGUAAGCAUUGCAUUUCUGAACUGUGAUAAUUAUGUCAACA